GGUUUUCUGUGUAACCUCCAUUAACCACCAUCGAUCUGUCUUCUUGUCUUUCUUGGUUUAGAGGGGAAAAAAAAUGACAGCCCAUUACUCUCUUCUGCUUUGUUUUGCCUUCAUUUUUGUUGUUCUAUCAAAAGCUGAUCAUCCAAGCAAUCGGGUUCAACCUCAUGCUCUUGAUCAGUCUUUCAGUCCCGGUUUAAUCCAGCAGACUGUAGGGAACUGUGCUUACACUGUGAUCAUUUCAACAAGCUGUUUAUCACCCAAAUAUACAACUGAUCAGAUCAGUGUUGUUUUUGGUGAUGCUUUUGGCAAUCAGGUUUUUGAUCCAAAGCUGAUCAACCCAUUUACAGCCUCGUUCGAACAAUGUUCGACAAAUACAUUUCAGGUAACUGGAUCAUGUUCACUUCAGAUAUGUUAUAUCUAUUUCUACAGAAAUGGAACAAAUGGCUGGAUUCCACAGAGUGUGAAGAUUUACGGUUCAUUUUCAAGUCCUGCCUUAUUUUUCUUCAAUUCAACUGAUGUUCCUGAGGGUCAAUGGUAUGGAACUGACAAGUGCCAGCAUUUUCCCACUGCCCCUCCUCCUCCCUCUCCUCCCUCUCCUACCUCUUCUGCUCCUGGGCAACAAAUUCCUGGUUGGCUUGUGUACUUGAUUCUGGGGAUUAUUGCUACUUCCACAUUUUCAUUCUAUUAACAAGGUUACAAAGUCAGGCAGAAGUACACCUGAGUCUGCUCCUAGCUAGUAUAUUGCUGCUAUUUGCUAAUUCCGGACUCCAGAAGACCAAACUGCCAUAGUGUAUUGGUACUUGAAAUAAUACAUGUAGGGGGAGCCAGUUUUCUUGUGUGCGAUGUUUUUUUUUAAUUUGAAUCAUGUGUAAUGUUGUAACUAGUUAAUUAACUCUUGUACUGUCAUGAACGAAUUUGUGAUGAUUUAAUAGAAAUUAGCAGUGUGAUGUUGUAAGAGAAAUGCUUGGGAUACUUAUAAUUGAUGAGUGGUGAUUUGCCUA